UCAAAAUGGCGAUUAAGUACUGCAGUUAAGUAGCCGAAUGUGGCAGCUUUAUGUCGGGGUUUCAUCAUUAAAUAGACGUUUUCGGUUUAAAUUUUAGCAAAAUAAACCGAGGAAAAAUAAAUAUGCGAAUUGUAAGUGACGAUCGUGCCGUUGACUCGCCGGGAGAACUGAAAAGUGACUUAAAAAAACGCGAAGUAUUUCUUUGUCUUUAGUGAAGAAGAUGUAAACUUUACGAUACUCGGUCGCCAGUGUGAAGUGAAUCUUUCUAUUUCUGACAUAGUGUAUAUGUUUUGUGAUACAGAAUCUGUUAUUUUGCAUUCCUGCAUGAACUUGAAGACUGUUUGAACAUUCCCAAUAUUCUUCGGAUGUUGCUGAUCCUAUAAUAAAUGUUGUUCGAGGUGGAACCCAAGCAUCGUCCAGGUCCGUCGUAGAAGAAAGAGAAGAUGCCUUUGAGUCAAAACGACGACUUCUGCGCCCGGGCGAAGUGCGAACAGUACGUCAAGUUCAAACGUAAACUGCCCAGGUACCAGACCCAUCUGGGCGGAGGUUGUAAUAAAGGUAAUGACGGUAACAGUAGCAAUGGCGGCGAUCGAGGGGUGUCCCCGAUGUUUGUCGAUAGCUCGGCGCAAAACGAGGGCGCCACAAAACGACAACACUGCAACAAUUAUUAUUACUGUAAUGGCGAUAUUGGCAGAAAACGCGACAAUAUUGUUUUCGACCGUCGUCCGUACGUUUCGAAUGAUGACGAUAUCAUCAGGACUGAUGCAGCUGCGACAAUGGUCGUCGAGAACGAAUUCUGUGAUUCUGGAACUAGCUUUAGAUCAACCCUAACUGACUCUUUAGGUUUUAUCAAGAAUUUUAUUGUAAAUAGGUGCGUGUGCGCAUGUGCGGAUUUAAGUCUAAUCGUUUGCUUAGUGACUAUAAUGUGCCUCCACUGUUUGCGAUGCGUUAAAAGCAACAACAGGUGGCUUUUGUACGCGGUGUUUUCGGUCUCGGUGGUCGCCGCGUAUCCCAACGACAAAAUCAACCUCGAGGACAGUAUCGCGGCCGUGUUCAACAAGGUGGCGUACGGCAGCACGACGAAACGUUCCAUACCGGAUAACGCGUAUCCCCUGACCACUCUGGCCACCCCGUUGCUCACCACGUACCGCUACUCGGACGGCAACGACGAGUGGCUGAGGGUGGACGUGAAAAAGCCCAGUCCUCCGGUGCAGAACGUCGACUUCGAAAGACCGACUGACGAAAACAACAACGGUGCUGGUAGAAACUACGGGGAAGACCUCGAAAGGGACCACACGUUACCGACGACGGCACCAGCGGCCGAUAUACUCAAAAAUAACAACAACCGCCACUACAACAACCCCAACAGGUACAACAACGAUCGGUUACGACCCGAAUUCCAACAACCCCCGAACAAUCGUCACGAACAAGUGACCGAGAACGUACUUAAAACCACUACGAACUAUAACGCCUUCCGGAACGUUAGACCCACAAAAUCGAUUUACAGCAAAGACAUUCCGAUAUACGUGCCGCCCAACAGGGAUAUGCUGACGCCGUCGCUCCCGAAGGACUAUUUCAAUUCGUUCGCCGACAAGCCGACCCUGAGGGGCACCAAUUCGGACGGAUUCGCGAACCGCCGUCCCAUACCGCCGCCCUCGUUGAUGCCGAACAAAGACAGGAUCCCCUACAGGCCCGAUCUGCCGCCGAGCAAGGCGGUCAAUUCGGAAAGGAAUCCCGAAAGGCAGGACGGCAAUUCCCGCAACCUGACCUACGACACGGCCCAGUCCGAGGCGAAAGGCGAGCGCAAGAAGACUCUGAACACACCGUCGCACAACGUGAACCUCGACAGGUUCGGGGAAGUGUACGGGCGAAACAACGACACACCUUUCGAGUACGAGAAGGGCUACGUCCAUUCGAUCACGAGAAUACUGAGCGGCUCGAACGGCCGUCACGAAGACAUUUCGGACAUCCUGCUGAAGACCGUCACGGCGACGCCGAACGUGCAAAAAUCGGAACCGAAAAGUACGAAACCGAGGACUCCGAUCGUCGACACGACCAGCACGAAAAUGCAGGACGAGAAAAAGGACGAAGGUUACGACGAAAGCUCGCAAAAAUACGAAGAGAACGAGGCGGACGAUAAGAAGGUUCGCGAGGAGACCAACACGAAACGUAACGAAGAGCCGAAAACGUCCGAGAAGUCCGAGAGCGUGACAAUACGACGCGAUCACUCGGAAAAGACCAGGAAGGACGUUACGACGUUACCCCCUACCGAACUCCUCAAUUUACCGAACGUGAAGGAGAAAGAGAAGAACCUGACGAUCGCCAAUAGUGACGAAAUCUGGUUAAUCUGUUGGAACGUGCACGUGUACUUGGUCGUCGUCUGCUACAUCCUUUUGGCGGCAUUCUCGAUAUACAAACUCGUGCGAUACGAGAACGACCCUCACAUGUUCUCGAAGAGCUAUUUCCUCACCAUACACCUAAUGCUCACGGUCAUCUGCGUCCUGCGCAUCUUCUAUCUGACAUACGACCCGUACAACAGAGGCAACUCGUUCACCAUCAUCUUCAUCUACGAUUUCCUGCACAACUUCCCGCUGAGUCUUCUCGCAACCACGUUCGCCGUUCUGAUACUGUUCCUCCUGAAGCGCACCCUCAAUCAUCUCAAACUGAAGACGAAACCGAUGUUCCUGGUCGUUUUCGGGGUGCUGCAUAUCGGUCUGUGUUUCUGCGUGAGCGUGACCGAAACCCUCGGCCGUUUCGACAAAGGCGGCAUAAUCGUUUGCAAGCCCGUCUUCGUACUGUUGACGUGGGCGCUCGGUUUCAGUUACUUGUACCUGUACAAGAUUAUCAAGAACGUUUUGGCCAAGAAGACGCAGAAUCUGUCGGAAAUAUGCACCCAGAAUAUCAGCUACGCGUCCCACAUUACCAUCGCCAUAGCUUUACUGUUCGUACUGUUAGGUUUCGUGCAAUUGUACGCGCUCUUCUUCAUCAAAAUCGACAGGUUCACCGACGAUAACAAGCACCACUGGAUGCUGUGGGGUUUCGAACUGUCGGUGCGUGUCUUGGAGAUAUCCAUAAUAACCCUGUUGGCGAUAGUGGUGAGUUUGAGGAUGUCUCAGCGCGAAAAACAAACGGUGGGAUUCCCCCUGUUUCCCUGCACCACCAGCGACUCCAGCAACGACAAUAUCUUCCCCAACAACUGCAACACGAACCCGAAUGCGUUGAAUUACAGCCGAAACGAAAUGAUACUGGACAAUAUUCCGACGGAACCGGUCGAAAGGCCGAAUCUUCUUAAAAGCGCAUUCCAGAACGAUUCUUUCGAUAAAAAAUCGACCCUCGAAAGAUACCAGAUGUCCGAUUCCGAAAGGGGUUCGAAUUUUGACCGAUUCGAAAGACCCAAAUGGGGCUCGGACCGGAUACACCAGAGCUCGGACCAAAACAGUUUGAACAACGUCCAACCGAACUCUGGUCAUUUCGAACGAGGCUUGACAAAUUCCUCGAGAACCGACAGAAGUUCAAGCCGAAAGACGUACGACAGUGCGAAAUAUUAUACGAAACCUAAAUACGAUCUCGAAUACAAUAACGAAGACUACCAACACGAUUACGGUUCGAACCAUCACCAGGACCAUAACGUUUAUAGCGAGCCGAUUGAUAAUAAUCAAUACGAAAGAACCAGGCAUGAAUUCGAACGGAACGAUUUCGAUCGGAGAUCGCGGAACUCGUCAAACACUUCCGGUCGCAGGUCGACCGGAAGAACGAAAAAGAACCACGCACGACCCCAUCUUGGGGUGCAGACCCUACCCAGUCAUCAGAUACCCGAUUCGAUGUUGGUCGACGACCAGGGUUUCGUACGUUUCAGGCAUCUGCAGGACAUGGAACAACAGCAACAGUCGACACCCGUUGAGAAAAGCAAAAAAAUCAAGAAGCAGGGCAACGACCUAAACCAUUACAGUGAUGCCUGAUAUUUAAUGACUUACGGGGGUCGGCGGGUCGAUUUAUGAUUUUUGCCAAAACGGUCUAAACUGAAUUACGACUUUGUUUAAUUU